UCCAACUCCUUCCCCCACGAUCUGCCGCGCCUGCCCUUCGAAUGAAUUGGGUUGGUCGGAUGGAGAUGAUUCGGACGGUUCUGCUGUUGAAGACGAGGAGUCGGUGGAGGAUGAACAUGGUGCGGGGAACAUCCCUGCUGCCAGCGCUUUAGAACCGUGGCGCCCUGUUUCUCUCGCGCGGAGGUUCAAACGAAGAAUCAACUCGUGGAUGAAGAUGCGGGUGUUGGGAAAGGGUUCGUUCGGAGAUGUCUAUGAUGUCAUCACUGAUGAUGGAUCCUACUUCGCUGUAAAGGAGAUUUCUUUGUCAGAUCAUACCAAUGAUAGCUUACUGCAGCUUGAGCAGGAGAUUUCUUUGUCAGAUCAUACCAAUGAUAGCUUACUGCAGCUUGAGCAGGACAUUUCUCUUUUAAGUCAGUUGGAACAUGAGAACAUAGUUCAAUAUAUCGGCACAGACAAGGAUAAUGAGAAGCUUUACGUAUUCCUUGAGGUCAUGAUCAAAGGCUCAGUUGCAACUCUUUAUCGAGAACGUGCCUUGAUAGAACCCCAAGUCUCUUCUUACACCGGGCAAAUUUUAAAUGGUUUAAAGUAUCUUCAUGACAAGAAGGCGAUACACAGGGAUAUCAGAUGUGCUAACAUACUGAUUGAUGGAAACGGAGCUGUGAAACUUGCAGACUUUGGAUGGGCAAAGGCCACCGAAAUGAAUGCUGCUAAAUCCUUCAAAGGAACUCUUUUGUGGACGGCGCCUGAGGUCUUCGAAAGUGUAAACAACAGAAGCUAUGGGUUGGCAGCUGAUAUUUGGAGCCUUGGGUGCACUGUUUUAGAGAUGUUAACAUGGGGGGGUCAAUAUUCUGGCUUUAAACUGGAGCAAGCAUUGGAGAAAAUUCACAAGGGUGAACGUCCUUCACUUCCAAAAUAUUUAUCAAAAGAUGCCCGAGACUUCAUCAGUAGAUGCUUGCAACGAAAUCCGAAAAAUCGGCCUUCUGCAGCACAGUUGCUAGACCAUCCCUAUGUGAUGAACCCACCUACUUUUCCUCGUCCUCAUAUAUCGUGAGGUUUUGGCAUGCCAUCCCUUUUGGGUUCAUUACUGUGAAGGUCUUCUUUGGGGCUAAUGGGAAGAUACCUUCGUCAACUUACGGCAUUUCUACCGUUUAGUGCUUACUCCACUCCAUAAAUUCAUAACAUUAACAGUCUAUUUUAAACCUUUAAGUUGGUGCGAACAGUCCAUGUAUAUAUAGUGUCUACGGUCUUUAAAUUUAUUACCGAAUGUAAAAAUUGCAAGCUCUGCUGGAUUUGAAAUGAUGGAUUAGAAGGAAAAUAUUGAGGAGUGAA